AUGGCGACGUCCGUUGCAUACAAGGAUCGCCAAUUACUCGCCGUGAUUGGCGAUGAAGACUCCGUGACCGGUCUUCUGCUCGCGGGAAUCGGACAUGUUACCAACCCCCCGGACGCACAGCGCAACUUCCUGGUUGUCGACGCCAAGACCGAGACUUCGGAGAUCGAGCGCGCCUUCCAGACCUUCACACAGGAGAGAAAGGACAUCGCCGUUGUUCUCAUCAACCAACAUGUUGCGGAACGCAUCCGCCACAUCGUAGACACCUUCACCGAUCCCUUUCCCGCCGUUCUCGAAAUCCCCAGCAAAGACCACCCAUACGAUCCGGAGAAGGAUAGUGUUCUCAAGCGCGUGCGCCGUCUGUUCGGCGAGUAG